UGUUAGUUUGUUGCUUCCUGCGCCAAGCCACAAAUACCUGCUUCCUCUCCACUAGGCUACAAAUUCGCUGCAGUCUUCUGAAAACUUGUAACACAUCGAGCAGAGAUGGACGUCCUGACUGUGUUGCCGUCCGAGUUUGGAUACGCCAUAUUUACCUACCUGUACAGCUGGAUUAUGCUGGGCUAUUUAGCUGUCAAGGUUGGGGGUGCCAGGAAGAAGUACGACGUUAAGUAUCCCAACAUGUACAGUGACAAGGAUCAGGUAUUCAACUGUAUCCAGAGAGCACAUCAGAACACCCUGGAGGUUUACCCUCAGUGGCUCGUUUUCCAGACCAUUGCAGCUCUUGUUUACCCGUUAUCAGCAGCUGUGCUGGGGGCUAUUUGGGUGACCAGCAGGUUUUCUUAUGCCUGGGGCUACUACACAGGAGAUCCAGCCAAGAGGAUGCAUGGUGCCUAUGGCUACAUUGGAUUAUUCGGCGUCAUCUUUCUGUCCAUAUCUGUAGCCUUGCAAUUGCUUGGAGUCUUUUAAGACGACUGCCAUCUAGUUUACUCAUUUAUACCAGCUUGUGUGGGAUUUUCAAAUGUAUCAGCUAUGAAGUAGCUGUACAAGUCUUUAAAUGCUAAUUUCAAAUUAUGAUGCUAAAUUUAUUUUUAUGGACCACUAACUUGAUAUCUUUGUCUUCCAAUAUUUGUUGUGAAUGUCUCCAUGUGAUCAUCGACAAUAAAUAAAUGUAGAUGCUGAUUGAUGCUACAGC